AUGCGAGAUAUUCUGGCCAACCGUCCGGCGCCUCAGGAGGGGGAAGCAGUUCUCAGAGCAGUUUCUCCUCUGUCAUUUCUCCCCUCUGCUUUCUCUCUCUUCUCUCCUCCCUCCUUUCUGCUCUCUCCUCUCGCUCUCUUCGCUCUGCUCCUCUCCCCUCCCUUCUCUGCUUUCCUCUCCUUCUACUGCUCUUUCGCUCUUUUCUGCUCUGCUCUUCUCUCCUCUCCUUCUCUCUGCUCUCCUCCUUCUCUCUGCUCUCCUCUCCUUCUCUCUGCUCUCCUCCUUCUCUCUGCUCUCCUCUUUCUCUCUGCUCUCCUCUCCUUCUCUCUGCUCUCCUCCUUCUCUCUGCUCUCCUCCUUCUCUCUGCUCUCCUCCUUCUCUCUGCUCUCCUCCUUCUCUCUCCUCUCCUCUCCUUCUCUCUGCUCUCCUCCUUCUCUCUGCUCUCCUCUCCUUCUCUCUGCUCUCCUCCUUCUCUCUGCUCUCCUCUCCUUCUCUCUGCUCUCCUCCUUCUCUCUGCUCUCCUCCUUCUCUCUGCUCUCCUCUCCUUCUCUCUGCUCUCCUCCUUCUCUCUCCUCUCCUCCUCCCUGCUCCUUCUCUGCUCCGUCUCUCUGUUCUCCUCUCCUUCUCUCUCCUCUCCUUCUCUCUGCUCCUUCUCUCCUCUCCUUUUCUCUGCUCUCCUCUCCUUUUCGGCUCUCACUCCCUUUUCUGCUCUCCUUUCUGCUCUGCUCUCUCUUCGUCUACUCCUCUCCUUCCUCUCUCGUUCUCUGCUCUCUCCUCUCACUUUUCUCUCUCCUCCUCCUCUCUCUGCUCUCCUCUCUCCCCUUUUUUCUCUCCUCUCUGCUCCUCUCUCUCCUUUCUGCUCUCUUCUAUGCGCUCUCCUCACUCUUCUUUCUCCUCUCCUUCCUCGUUCUCUGCUCUUUCCUCCCUCUGCUCUCUCUCUCGCUCCCUUCUCUGCUCUCUCCUUUCUGCUCUCCUCUCUCGCUCUUGUUCUCUCCUCCUCUCCUCCCUCUGCUCUCAUCCAACAUGAUGUCCACACUCGACGCACAACCGUGCUCCAUUGUCUACCUGCUUUCCUGCGUGAAGAAAUAUCAGGGGUUUUCAUCACUUCAGAAGAGGAUGCAGAGGUGCCGGAUCUAUCCACUUCACCUGUAG